AUGCGUCCUCUAGGAUUUAACAUUCUACAAUCGGAUGGCUACAUUUGUGUUGGCGGCAUCCAGAAAAAUGGACCAGCCGAGAAAUCCGGCAAUAUGUUCCAUGGCGAUCGAAUAAAAGCGAUUAAUGUUUCUUUCGAUGGAAUUCUUCUUGAAGAUGCAAUCAGUCUGCUCAGCUGUGCUGCACCAUAUAAGGUAAUUGAUUGUAUCGUUGAUUAUGGACACUUAUCAGUGUAG